GAAUCCGAGUGGUAAAGGGUCACUGGGCUGUUUGACCAUGAGAGGAGAUGGAAUAUCACAGCUGAGAACGUGGCGAUGCAGUGGCAUGUGAGUCGAGAGGAGCAGGACAAGUUUGCUGUACAGUCCCAGAACCGAACUGAGGCAGCACAGAAAGCUGGCUAUUUUGAAAAAGAAAUUGUUCCUGUCUCCGUCCCUUCCAGGAGAGGGCCUAUCGAGGUGUCAACCGAUGAGUUUCCCCGUCACGGAAGCACCUUCGAAGCCAUGUCUAAACUAAAGCCGGCUUUUGCAAAGGGCGUAUCUGGCACUGUCACUGCUGCUAAUGCUUCAGGAAUAAAUGACGGGGCCGCAGCUAUGAUUCUGAUGAAGAAAUCAGAAACUGAC